AUGCCACCUGAGGGGGUGACCCCCGAGGAGGACCCCAACCCUGCCCCACGCUCCGGGCAGCAGCUCCCAGAUCUGCAGGAACAGCUAUCCCGGCUCUUGGAGCAGCAGGAGGAGCUCACGGUCCAGGUCCAGGAGCUGCAGAGGCAGAACCAGCACCUGCAGGCCCAGCUGGAGCUGGAGCAGGAGGAGCGGCAGCGCCUGCGGGCGGCCCUGGCCACGAGUCAGCGGGCACUGAGGUCCUUCAAGAGAGUGUCCCAGAUCGUCACCCAGGAUUACUGUGAGGCGCUGGAGCAGCUGGAGCUGGAGCAGGACCUGCGGCUCCACGCCGAAGCCUUCGCCCACGAGAUGCUGGUGCAGCAGAAGGAGGCGAACAGGCAGAGCUCGAUCCUGCUGCGGGACGGGCCCGACGCCCGGCUGGGGGCUGCGCUGCAGGAGCUGGGACGGCUCAGCCGGGAGCUGGAGGAGACCAGGCAGGAGCAGCGGCAGCGGGUGGAGGAGCUGCAGGAGCAGCUGCGGAUGCGGCCGGAGCCGGAGGAGCUGGAUCGGGCCCGGGAAGCUCUGGCUGAGGUGGAGGAGCAGAAGCUGGAGCUGAGGAGGAGGCUGGAGGAGGCUGAGGGGCGGCUGGUGGGGCUGGAGGAGGAAGUGGGAUUCCUGCGGGAGAAGCUGGCCCAGGACCCUCCGCCGCAGAGCCGGGCCCCCGAGCCCCCGCCACCCCCCCCGCUGCCACCGCCGGGCCCCGCUGUCCCCGUGGAUCCCCUGGCAGCCAUCAGGCAGAGGAAGGGGGUGGCAAAGCGGCAGCACAAUAACCUGGGAGCAGAGGAUGUGAAAGCCCAGGAUGGCAGAGCUGAGGAUGUCAGAGCCCGGGCCGUGCAGGAGAUGAUGGAGCGGAUCAGGACCGGGGUGGUCCUGCGGCCAGCCAAGGACAGGGCACACCUGGGCCAGGACCCGGUGGCCGGGAAGCGGAGGAGCGUGGUGCUGGAGCUGCAGGGGAUCCUGGGUGCCAUGAGGAGGCCGAGCCGGAGGCGCAGUGGGCACCGGGGCAGCGCCAAGGGCCGGGACCGGCAGCUGGAAUCCAUCCUGCAGCGGCGCCGCCGGGUCCUGGAGGCAGCCGUGGGCACCUCCGUGGAAACACCCACUGGGGGCUCCUCCAGGGACACCUCCACGGCCACCUGGAGCCCCCCGGCACAGGAGCAGGGCAGAGCUGUGAGCAGGCCAGGCCCUGGGGACACGGACACGGCCCCGGCCGGGUGCCCCCCGGAGGGCAGGGACGGGGACACGGCCCCCUUCAGGCCCCGGGUGGGUGGUGGCCUCCCCAGGACACGUCCCCUCAGCCGCCGGGCCGGAGGCAGUGGGAGCCCCGGGCAGGAGCAGCUUCCCACGGCGCUGCCAAAGCCUCCCCAGCCGCUCCCACCCUCGUUUUCCAGCAGUUCCCACCCUCCUGGGCUUCAAUGA